GUCAACGAUUAAACGAGUAGAUUAGACUCCACACGACAGCCUGCAUGGCCUGGGUGGGUCCGUGGCUGACUGGCGCGGCUGAGGCACUGCGGGGCGAGGGGAGCCACGCAUCCGACGAGCCAGGUCAGCGAGGUCAAUGACUGGCUUAGUCGUGGGGAGGGAUAGGGAGUGAGAGGUUCCGUCGGAGGGUCCAGCAGCGGGCAGAGCCAUACAGUGACUUCAGGAGAGACGAGACCGAAGCAGGCGCUCCUGUGCACCGCGCCUCCCGUAUGGCGGCGCGCGCGGGGCCGUGGGCGGGCCGAGGUGUGAGGCGGUUCAGUCCUGCGGCAGGAGCCCACCAGGGAAUGCCUCGGCCGCCGCCCAGUGCACCGCGCCGCCUCGCCUCCUCCACCAGCCGCCAGCGCGAGUGACGGGCGUCGCGUCGCGGGCGGCACACACACGCCGCGGAAGAUGCAGCUCGCACGCCGGGCCGGAACGGUACGCGAGGUUGUUGUGAGGCAGACGCGAGGCGGAGAGUUUACAGUAGCUGAGGAAAGUUUCGUGGUGGUGAUGUAAAGUUGCUCCAGUAGGAAUAUACACGUGUAGAGUUUUGUAAAAUGUGACGCAAGAGACAAUCCAAAGUUUUCAACGCGCUGUAGUUAGUCUGUCGGUCAAAACAACUCUUCCGGUGUUUUCGUGAUGGAGGAGAAGGAGAAGGACAAAGGCGCGGGGGCGGAGGGGGGCGGGGCAGGGGGCGGCUGGCCGGCCCUACUGUUCGAGUGUGUCCUACAGGUGUGGCAGGACCUCAACGCCACCGCUGACCUCCCCGCGACCAUCAACGCCUCGCACAACAUUUUCUUCGAGGACGACUUCUACGUGCGGCUCCUGAACCUCUCGGAGUAUGGGGAGCUGAACGACACGGCUUGGGACGCUGGCAGCAGGGACAGGCUGGCGCAGUGCCUCGAGCCGCCCCCAGCAGACCGGCCCUACCUGCUCCCCUGGUGGCAGCAGCUCACCUGGACCCUCGCGUUCGGUGCCAUGCUGCUCGUGGCCGUCGGGGGCAACGCCAUCGUCAUGUGGAUCGUGAUUGCUCACCGGCGAAUGCGCACCGUUACCAACUACUUCCUGGUGAACUUGAGCGCCGCCGACCUGCUCAUGGCGGUCUUCAACUGUAUCUUCAACUUCAUCUAUAUGCUACACAGCGACUGGCCGUUCGGCGCCGUCUACUGCACCAUUAGCAAUUUUAUGGCGAACGUGACCAUCGCCGCCAGUGUCUUCACGCUCAUGGCCAUCUCCUUCGACAGGUACAUAGCUAUCGUGCGGCCGCUCAAGCCCCGGAUGUCGAAGAGUGAGGCGAGGCACUUCAUUUUCUUCAUCUGGCUGUCCUCAAUGAGUCUAGCAGUCCCAUGUCUCCUCUACUCUACCACUGUGUCCAUAAGAUACAAAAACGACGAGAUAAGAAGAGGGUGUUUCCUGCUGUGGCCAGACGGGAAGACAAGCAUAUCCUACCGGGAGUAUGUGUAUAACAUAGUGUUCUUCGCCACCACCUACGUGCUGCCCAUGCUGGUGAUGCUCAUAAGCUACACUCUCAUCGGCUGUGAGCUCUGGGGCAGCCACUCUAUCGGGGAGCUCACGGACAGACAAGUCAGCUCCAUCAAGUCCAAGAGAAGAGUGGUUCGUAUGUUCAUCGUGAUCGUGGUGGUGUUCAUGCUGUGCUGGCUCCCGCAACAGGGCUUCUUCCUCUACCAGUACCACAACAGCCAAGUCCUGGACAGCGCGCACAUCCAGCACAUCUAUCUCGGGUUCUACUGGCUCGCCAUGGCCAACGCGAUGGUCAACCCGAUUAUCUACUACUGGAUGAACGCUAGGUUCCGAUCCUACUUCCGCGAGGUGGUGCUGCAGUGUGUGACGGGUCGCUGCUGCUGCUGCUGCGCGAAGACCUCCACUUAUCUAGACUCCCCCCACCUGGCGCGCCGCCGCCACGACAGCAUUGAACACACGUCCCGCAGCAGAUCAGCAGCGGGUGGAGUGACCCCGCGCUUCUGCGGCAAGGCGGGCGGCAAUCAGCACCACGACAACUUCUUCAUCCGGGGCCUGGGCUGUGCCAAGCCCCUGGACGGCGGCUACUGCCCGGCGCACCUCAAGGGCCAGACGGAGUGGCACCAGAUGCGGUACUUGACGGACAAGGGCCACCUCACCUUCCAGAAGGCCGCGGACCCGCUCUACGCCCACAACAUCAACGGCGUCAGGAAGCCGCUCAACGACGACCCUCUGCAUGCCACGACAGGGUGCGGCGACGACUCCUGGACGCCGUCAGACCCGUCGCUGCCCCAUCGCCAAUCCGAGAAGCCCGACGACCUGGUCCUGGUGCCAGUCCUCGUCAGCCCGCCGCUCUGCCUGCCCACCCACGCGUCGGUCCUCGCCCUCAACCACAAGGAGAAGGAGAGCCUCGACCAGCCCAGCAAACCCCCGCCCGAAGACGGAGGCGUCGAAAUGAAGAGUUUUCCUCAGGGGAACAACCACGUUGCUCCCCGCGUCUUGCUCAGUACCGAUUCAGACCCCGAGAAGGCCCUGGCCAAGCCGUGUCCCGCGGGCCAGGGCCACAACCACAAGCCAGCGGGACUCGUCCACCUCGCCAUUGAGGAGACGCUCAAGGCCGCGGUGCUCCAGUCAGGCUCCGGCGACCACAACGGCCUCGACGCCUCCCACAAGAAGGCUGAGGACAGCAUGAAGGUGUCCAAGGAAUUUAUGUUGUGAUCCCUGACGCCCCGAGCCACGCCCCCCGCGGCGGCAACUCCAGCAGGAGCUGCGUCCUUCACUCCGUGUUGUUCUUUGUUCUUCAUCACCGUGUGCUUCAUCAAUAAAACAGUGUCAAGAA